ACAGACAACAUGGCAAAAGCUAUGUUUCUGGUUGCAUCGCUGCUUGUUCUCAGCAAUGUCUUCAUUGCCAACGCUGCAUUUGAACCAACCCUCAUCGCAGACAUGGCGAAGAUCCUGAUGGACAAUUACUGCUCUCCGGAGAAGCUGGUGGGUAUGCAAGAGGCCAUAGAUGCCGCCAGCACCAACACAGAGAUCCUCAGCAUCCCAGACCCUGAAACCCUGGCCAACGUGCUCACGUCGGGAGUCCAGGGUACCAUCAACGACAAGCGCCUUAAAGUCUCAUAUGAGCCCGAUUAUGUCCCAGUCGUGACCCCUCAGCUGCCUCCCUUGCCCCCGGAACAGCUGGUUGCCGUCAUCCAGAACUCAAUCAAACUCGAUAUCCUGGAUGGGAACGUCGGCUACCUGCGGAUCGAUCACAUCCUCGGGGAGGAGGUUGCAGACAAAAUCGGCCCUCUGCUCCUGGAGCUGGUCUGGAACAAGAUCCUGCCUACAUCUGCUCUGAUAUUUGACAUGCGCUACACCAGCAGCGGAGACAUGUCGGGGAUCUCCUACAUCGUGUCUUACUUCACGGAGGCUGAGCCUCUGAUUCACAUCGACAGCGUUUAUGACCGUCCCACAGACAUCACCACUGAACUGUGGUCCAUGCCCAAGCUCCUGGGGGAGAGAUACGGUGCCAAGAAGCCCCUCAUUAUCCUCACCAGCAAGAACACCAAAGGGAUUGCAGAGGAUGUCACCUACUGCCUCAAGAACCUCAAAAGGGCCACCAUCGUUGGGGAGAAGAGUGCCGGGAGCUCUGUCAAAAUCGACACGAUCAAGGUGGGCAGCACAGACUUCUACAUCACUGUGCCGACUGCCAAAUCCAUCAACCCUAUCACCGGCUCCACCUGGGAGGUCACCGGCGUGACCCCUGAUGUUGAGGUACAUGCUGAGGAUGCCCUCGCAACAGCAAUCAAGAUCGUCAACCUCCGUGGCCAAAUUCCAGCCAUCAUCGAGGGAUCUGCCACCCUGAUCGCUGAUAAUUACGCCUUUGAGGAUGUGGGAGCGACUGUCGCCACAAAACUAAACGAACUCCUGGCCAGCGGCGAGUACAACAUGGUCAACACCAAGGAAGAGCUGGAGACAAAGCUCUCCGCUGACCUGAAAAGUCUGUCCGGGGACAAGAGCCUGAAGACCACCAGCAACACUCCAGCCCUGCCACCGAUGGAUUAUUCUCCAGAAAUGUUCAUUGAGCUGAUCAAGGUCUCCUUCCACACGGAUGUGUUCGAGAACAACAUCGGCUACCUGCGCUUCGACAUGUUUGGAGACUUCGAGGAGGUCAAGCCCAUCGCCCAGAUCAUUGUUGAGCACGUCUGGAACAAAGUCGUCAACACCGACGCCAUGAUCAUCGACCUCAGGAACAAUGUUGGUGGCCCCACCACAGCCAUUUCAGGGUUUUGCUCCUACUUCUUUGAUGCUGGCAAGAAGAUCCUGCUGGACAAGUUAUACGACAGACCCUCUGGCACCACCAAGGAGCUCUGGACCAUUCCUGAGCUUACUGGUGUAAGGUAUGGCACCAGGAAGAGCCUGGUCAUCCUGACCAGCGGGGCGACCGCUGGCGCGGCCGAGGAGUUCGUCUUCAUCAUGAGGAACCUGGGCCGGGCGAUGAUUGUUGGCGAGACCACCGCCGGGGCCUCCCACCCUCCCGAGACCUUCAGCGUCGGAGAGACCGACAUCUUCCUCAGCAUCCCCACCAUCCACUCUGACACCACCAUGGCGCACGGCUGGGAGGGGGCCGGCAUUGCACCUCACAUCCCCGUCUCAGCCGAGGCCGCCCUGGACGCUGCCAAGGUCAUCCUCAACAAGCACCUACCGGGACAGAAGUCAACUCGCUGA